UAUAUUUCGCCUGCAUAAAAUUCCAAAAUGGCUUCUAACCCCCCUGGACCUUGCUGCGCUACUGGCUUCAAGCAUGAAGGCAACCCAGUUGGUGAGAUCAAGAAGGUCAACGGCAUCGACACCUACAUUGUCUACCCACAGAACAAGAGCACCGAGAAGGUUGUCGUCUUCCUGAGCGAUAUCUUCGGUAUCUAUGUCAACGCUCAGCUCCUCGCUGACGAGUUCGCCGCCAAUGGAUACACUUGUGUUAUCCCCGACCUUUUCCAGGGAGACGCCAUCAAGGUCAGCGACAUGGAAUCUGGAAAGGCCGACCUCCCCGCCUGGCUCCCCAACCACCAACCUAGCCACGUCGACCCCGUCGUCGAGUCUACUGUCAAGUACGUCCGCGAGGAAUUGGGCGCUAAGCGUGUCGCCGGUGUUGGAUACUGCUUCGGUGCCAAGUAUGUCUGCCGCCACAUGAAGGAGGGCAAGAUCGACGUUGGUUUCAACGCCCACCCUUCCUUCGUCACCCACGAGGAACUCGGUGCUAUCACUGGUCCUCUGUCCAUCGCCGCUUCCGGUAAGUUGAAUCCGUCUAGGGCUGUGGAUACACAUAGCUCUCCAGUAUUAACGCACUCAAUAAUAGAAAUCGAUCAUAUCUUCACUACCCAACUCCGUCACGAGUCUGAGGAGACUCUGAAGAAGACUAACCAGCACUGGCAGAUCAACCUGUUCAGCGGUGUUUCCCACGGUUUCGCUGUCCGCGCGGACCUGAGCAACAAGCACUUCAAGUUCGCCAAGGAGCAAGCUUUUUGUCAGGCUGUCAACUGGUUCAGACAGUACCUGUGAACUAAAAGCAUAGAGAUUGUUAAUAACUAGCUUUUUGUAUAUAUCGACUUCAUGCUAACGAAUUGAUUUGAAGAAUGGUAUACUUUGAAUAUACGCAUGUCUCGAAAUACCUAGCUCUGUCAUGAACAUCUUGUAAACUCCACUGAUUAAAUAGUCCACAUGCACUUUCGACGCAAGAAGACUACCAGUGCUACAUUUGACGAUGCCAAGGGGAUCCAAUGCUUUUUGUUUCUUCACUAAAUUUAUAGCUAUGGUUGAUGGUUCUAUUAUUAGUAGCGGAUCGAUAAGGUUGUUGUUCACUCCAUAAACUUGGCUUCCAGGAAGGCUUUGUGAGAUAUGUGUAAAGCAGACCAAGUACUUGCGGCUUCUGCAGAAUAGAAAGAGUCAAGACCUACAAUUAAUUCUAUAUAAAUAUACGCCUUAGGCACCAUGUUGAUCAGCCUUGUCCAGGCACGUGAUCCUGGGGGAUCCGCGCCGACAAAAGAACCGCCGGAAGAACAGGUGGAAUAAGUGAGACUGUCGAGAGAAGGA